AUGUGUUUUAGACUGCUUCUUUGGUUUUUGCUCCUAAUUUAUUUAGCUGAUAGAAUAAUAUGUCACAUGCACGAGGGAGGCGUGUCCGUAGUGUUACAUCAAACGAACAUCACAAAGCUGACGGCAAGAGUUAUCCAUCAGAGCGGUUACCAUCUACACAAAGUGGAACAUUUAUCAAUCAUGGACGCACCAAAGUUGGAGCACAUCGCUGUAGAAGACUUGACAAAGAUGCCUAAACUCAAGUCACUGUUCAUUACACAAGCGCCGCGAUUACACCGGAUCGCGACUUUGCCUCCACUGCCCGAGCUCCGCACAUUCAUGGUUACUACGUCCGGUCUCCUGGAGGUUCCCAACCUGAGUCACGUGCACGACAGCAAGAGUACGCCAACUUAUUUACAGGCCAUAGACUUGGAAGGGAACCACAUCAGGCGAUUGCCGAUACACGCGCUGCGCGUGCGCGCCGAUCAAGUGUCUCUAAAUUACAACCUUCUUGAAGAAGUUCCAGCGUUUGCUUUCAAAAAUUCACAAAUCUCCAAACUGAGCUUUAGAGGCAACGCAAAGCUGAGGCAUCUAGAUGAGAAUGCAUUUGCAUCGAACCUACUUCUCCGACAAUUAGAUUUAAGUAGCACCGCAAUCACCUCACUGCCAACGGCAGGCUUACAGAAGUUAGAAGUACUUAGAAUAGAAAAAACUCCCACACUUAAAUACAUCCCAUCUAUCUACGAGUUUCAGAAUCUUCAGAAAGCGUACCUGACGCAUCACUUCCAUUGCUGCGCGUUCAAGUUCCCGGAGCGACACAACCCUAUCAGGCAUCAGAUGUACAAAAAACAGAUGGAUCUCAUGAAGGAGAAAUGCGCACAACAACAAAAGGUGGUCAGAAAACGAAGGUCCUUAGAACACUUGGAGCCCUUCAAGGUUAUCCCGCAGCAGUAUUACAGCACGAAUUUGGACAAUAUUACAACUGAUUCUGGUGAAACGGAUCUUUCGACAGCUACUACGAGUGAGGAGUACGACACUAAUGCAGAAGAUUACUUCGGUGACUCUGGCAGCUGGGAGGAUGAAGACCCAGGAGAAUUCCACGAGCCUGUUAACAAUACUUCUGGCAUUGGAUUCACUAUGUCAGCGGAAUGCGGCAAUUUUAGUAUGAGCCCGCGGAAAGUAGACUGCACACCUAUGCCAGACGCGUUAAACCCUUGCGAGGAUGUAAUGGGCUGGUCAUGGCUUCGAGCGAGUGUCUGGUUCGUCAUAGCAGCUGCAGUGGUCGGCAACGUAGCCGUACUACUGGUCUUGCUUACCAAUCACAUGGAAAUGACAGUACCAAGAUUCCUCAUGUGCCACCUCGCGUUUUCAGACUUGUGCACUGGUCUUUACCUCUUCAUGCUUGCAGUCGUAGACCUAAGAUCCUACGGAGAAUUUUUCAACUACGCCUAUGAUUGGCAGUAUGGGAUAGGAUGUCAGAUGGCUGGCUUUCUAUCCGUGUUUUCGGGGCAAUUGUCGGUUAUAACACUGACUAUUGUAACAUUGGAGCGCUGGUUCGCGAUAACUUACGCUAUAUAUUUGGAGAGAAGGAUUUCAUUGGCUGUUGCUGCCAAGAUUAUGAUCUUUGGGUGGUUGUUCUCGGCACUCAUGGCUGGAUUACCACUCGUCGGCGUCUCAGAUUACUCAUCUACUUCGAUUUGUUUGCCAGUUGAAAGCAAAGAUGUCGGCGAUGCUGUGUAUCAAGGGUCCAUUUUUAUGACAAGUGCUUUAGCGUGGGUGACAAUUGUGAUAUGCUACGUUCAAAUAUACAGGUCAUUGGGUGGAGGGGAGAGUUACGGAGGUAGAGGAGCAGCUGCUGCAGCUGAACGUCGUAUUGCGAAUAAAAUGGCGUUGCUAAUUGGAACUGAUUUACUUUGUUGGGCGCCUGUAGCGUUUUUCGGAGUGACGGCUUUAGCUGGUGCACCUUUAGUGGAUGUGAGCCAUGGAAAAGUUUUAUUAGUGUUUUUCUAUCCACUGAACGCCUGUGCAAAUCCAUUCCUAUACGCCAUUCUAACAAAACAGUACCGAAGAGAUUUAUUAAAUCUAAUAGCAAGGACGGGUAAAUGCAACUGGUUGAUAGAGAGGUAUAAAUUGGCAGCUACCCCACCUCCGACUGCGCAUACCAACCAGUCAACGCCUGCACAACUGCUGCCUUUAGUAGAUAACCAAAAACGCCAAUCGCUAGGAGGGAAAGAUAGUGAAAUUACGCUUUAA